UUUCAGUUUCAUAUUACAUCCGAGGGUAGGAACGAAAAGACAUGGCUGACAAAAUUCUGAAGGAGAAGAGAAAGCUAUUUAUCCAGUCAGUGGAAGCUGGCACAAUAAAUGGCUUGCUAGAUGAAUUAUUAGAGAAAAGAGUGCUGAACCAGGAAGAGAUGGAGAAAGUAAGAGCUGAAAAUGCUACGGUUAUGGAUAAGGCCCGAGCUUUGACUGAUUCUGUCAUUAAAAAAGGGCCCAUGGCGUGCCAAAUCUUUAUCACUCAUAUUUGCAAAGAUGACUGCUAUCUUGCAGGGACACUGGGGCUCUCCUCAGGUCCACAAACUGGAGAUUACUUUAGUAUGCAAGAUUCCCGAGAAACAUUUCUUUCCUUCUCAGCUCCUCAAGAGGUGAAAAGCCACCAAGUUGAGCUCACAUCCUCAGGCCCAGGAGGGAGCCUCAAGCUUUGCCCCUUAGAAACAGCGCAAAGGAUUUGGAAAGAAAAGUCAACAGAGAUUUAUCCAAUAAUGGCUAGGAUGACCCGCACUCGUCUUGCCCUCAUUAUCUGCAAUACAGAGUUUGACAGUCUUCCCAGGAGGGCUGGAGCUGAUGUUGAUAUCAGAGAUAUGAAAAUGCUGCUGGAAAAUCUAGGAUACAGAGUGGAUGUGAAAGAAAAUAUCACUGCUUCAGACAUGGCUACAGAGCUGAAGGCAUUUGCUGCCCGCCCAGAACACCAGACCUCUGACAGUACUUUUCUGGUGUUCAUGUCUCAUGGUAUCCGGGAUGGGAUUUGUGGCACGAAAUAUUCUGAGAAAGUCUCAGAUGUGUUAGAAGUCAACACCAUCUUUCAAAUGCUGAACACCUGGAACUGUCCAAGUUUGAAGGACAAACCCAAGGUGAUCAUCAUCCAGGCCUGCCGUGGUGAGAAUCAAGGGGUGGUGUGGUUAAAAGAUUCAGCAGGAGACACUGAAGGCAAAUUCUUACUGGAUUCAGAAGACCUUGAAGAUGAUGGAAUUAAGAAAGCCCAUGUAGAGAAGGAUUUUAUUGCUUUCUGCUCUUCAACACCAGAUAAUGUUUCUUGGAGGCAUCCCACACUGGGCUCUCUUUUUAUUAUGAAACUCAUAAAAAAUAUUCAAGAAUAUGCCUGGUCCUGUGAUCUGGAGGAAAUUUUUCGAAAGGUUCGAUUUUCAUUUGAGCUACCAGAUGGUAGGGCACAGAUGCCCACCACUGAAAGGGUGACUUUGACAAGAUGUUUCUACCUCUUCCCAGGACAUUAAAAUAA